GCCCGCUGCGGGAGGGAGCACAGCGGGCCUUUGUGCCAGGCGGGCACCACCCCCUGGCCGGCCCCUCCCCGCUGGCAGGUAAGCCCUUACCUGCCGGCCCGCAGCCGACCCGCCAGCAGUUCAGCGGGCUCCUCGCUCCCAGCUCCGAGCUCAGGACCGCUCCCGCUCUCUGCUCCCCGACGGCGCAGCACAGCACAGCGCAGGGGUCCCCGACAGACGCACCACCUCCCGGCUGCCCCGACCUCGCAGGCGUCCUCCUCCCGGGCUGAUCAUUAACCCGGAGGCCUUAUAAGGACCCAGUGGCCUCGGAGGGAGGGACACCUGGUCGCCACCGCAGCCAUGGACAGUACCACCUGGAGCCCCACGACCGCCGUCACCAAGGCGCCCCUCGAGCCCCACGAGCGCAUCCGCAAUGCGGCCGACAUCUCCGUCAUCGUCAUCUACUUCGUGGUGGUGAUGGCUGUCGGGCUGUGGGCUAUGUUUUCUACCAAUCGUGGGACCGUUGGAGGCUUCUUCCUGGCAGGACGAAGUAUGGUGUGGUGGCCGAUUGGAGCUUCUCUCUUCGCCAGUAACAUCGGAAGUGGCCACUUUGUGGGGCUAGCCGGGACGGGAGCAGCUGCAGGCAUUGCCACCGGGGGCUUUGAAUGGAAUGCCCUGAUUUUUGUGGUUGUGCUGGGCUGGAUAUUUGUCCCUAUUUACAUCAAGGCUGGGGUGGUGACGAUGCCAGAAUACCUGAGGAAGCGAUUUGGAGGCAAACGAAUCCAGAUAUACCUCUCCGUCCUGUCCCUGUUGCUCUACAUUUUCACCAAGAUCUCGGCAGACAUCUUCUCUGGGGCCAUCUUCAUCAACUUGGCCUUGGGCCUGGAUCUGUACCUGGCCAUCUUUCUCUUAUUGGCAAUCACUGGCAUUUACACCAUCACAGGGGGCCUGGCGGCUGUGAUUUACACGGACACCUUGCAGACGGCCAUCAUGCUCGUGGGGUCUUUCAUCCUGACCGGGUUUGCCUUUAAUGAAGUGGGAGGGUAUGAGGCCUUCAUGGAAAAGUACAUGAAGGCCAUUCCGACCAACGUUUCUGAUGGAAACAUCACCAUCAAUAAGGAAUGCUACACGCCCAGGAACGACUCCUUCCACAUCUUCCGAGACCCCCUCAAGGGAGACCUGCCAUGGCCGGGGCUCAUCUUUGGGCUGUCCAUCCUCGCCCUGUGGUACUGGUGCACAGAUCAGGUCAUUGUGCAGCGCUGCCUGUCAGCCAAAAACAUGUCUCACGUGAAGGCGGGCUGCGUGAUGUGUGGGUACCUGAAGCUGCUGCCCAUGUUCCUCAUGGUGAUGCCAGGAAUGAUCAGCCGCAUCCUGUACACAGAUAAAAUUGCCUGUGUUCUUCCCUCGGAAUGUGAGAAACAUUGCGGCACCAAGGUUGGCUGUACCAACAUCGCCUACCCGACCAUGGUGGUGGAGCUCAUGCCCAAUGGGCUGCGAGGCCUGAUGCUGUCAGUCAUGUUGGCAUCUCUCAUGAGCUCCCUGACCUCCAUCUUCAACAGCGCCAGCACCCUCUUCACCAUGGACAUCUACACCAAGAUCCGGAAGACAGCAACGGAGAAAGAGCUCAUGCUUGCAGGAAGGAUGUACCGCAUUUUGCUCUACCGCCUGUGCUGGAGCCUGCGCAACAGCAAAGAGGAGCGGAUUGACCUGGAUGCCACUGAGGAGGACGCCAAUGAAGCCCCAGAGGAGACCUUUGAAAUAGACGUGGCCGAGGAGAAAAAAGGAUGCUGCAGGAGCGCCUACGACAUGUUUUGUGGCCUGGACCAGCAGAAGGGCCCCAAGAUGACAAAGGAAGAGGAGGCAGCCAUGAAGCUGAAGCUGACCGACACGUCCGAGAAGCCUCUGUGGAGGACAGUGGUGAACAUCAACGGCAUCAUCUUGCUGGCCGUGGCCGUCUUCUGCCACGCGUUUUUCGCCUGAGUCCUGCCGUUGGCCGCCGACCGCUCUCGUAAAGGCCAGACUGUUUACUCUGCCCCCCGCUAGUCCCAUCCUGGGGAGCUGAGGGGGAACCAGCCGGUUGUAAAUUUUGCCCAGUCGAUAAAUGUGUACAUGUGUCAUUAUAGGAGAGCCGGACCAAGGUAACGAGUUCGCUGUGAACUUAGGGAUUUGAGGCCAGUGUGAGACAGUCAGCUGUAUGUAGCGUGUCAGAGCCGCGGGAGAAAAGUCCGCUCAGUGAUGGGAAUGCAGACUGAGAAACUAAACCCCCGCCAUGCCGGGGUCUCAGGUCCAUUGGGCGUGUCCACAUUGUUUGUGACCCUUGCCUAUUAGUUUCCAGAGUUGUGGCCUCCCUGGUUCCUGCCACGUUCUCUAUCGGAUCCCCCUUGUCCUUUUUCUUUUUUAAAGAAAGAUUUCACUCUUCACCAUA